AUGGCUUCCACAAAGUCCGGCGUCCCCGUCUGGGUCGCGCAGCUCGAAUCACCCCCUCCUCCAAAGACUAAGCUCCCGGGCAUCGCGGAUCCUCCUGGUUACGGUUCUCCCAAGCAGAACAAGGAUACCAAGGUCCAACCGCGCAAGCCCCCGACUCCCGAAGAGAUGGACACGUUGAAGCUCAAGAAGGCGUGGGAAAUUGCACUAGCCCCCGUCAAGGGCCUCCCCAUGACAGGCAUUAUGAUGUACAUGUCUGGAAACUCGCUACAAAUCUUCAGCAUCAUGAUGGUCUUCAUGGCCUUCAAGAACCCGCUCAUGGGAUUGGUGAACACGAACCAGGCCUUUGAGAGGUUCCAGACCGCGAACAACUCGGGACAGAUGCUUCAGGUGAAGUUUGUAUACGUGGCAAUGCAGAUUGUAGCGCUUGGUGUGGGAAUUUGGAAAGUUAACGCCAUGGGGCUAUUGCCGACGACACGGUCAGAUUGGCUGAUGUGGGAAAGCCAGAGGGAGCUUUUGGAGCACGCUGUGGCAGCAGUAUGA